AUGUCGGAUCGUCCUUGCAAGCUGACUAGCCUUCCGCUGGAAAGCCUUCUAUUGGUCGCUGAUAAUCUGCCUCGGCACGAUCUCGGAAAGCUGUCGGAAACGAACAUGCUUUUCGCGUGCUUGACGCGAAGGAAGCGACUGCGGGAGUUCGUAAUGUCCCCUAGGUCUUUCGUGGCACUAGAGAAGUGGGUGCACGUAGGGGCUCUCUAUCCUAAGAUUUGCGCUUGUCCCGACAUCGAGGAUCUCAGCACAAUUACUCCGAUUUGCCCGAACGUGCAGGAGGACUUUGGCUCUCACGUCAAGAGCAUUGUGUUGCCAGAGGAAUGGACGUCGAAGACGAGAGCGCUAUUCGUCCUCCUCAACCAGCUGGCGCCUUCCGGGUUACAGUCGAUCAGAAUGCGUUCGCAUGGCUCAAGGUCAUGGUGGUCGGGCGCCAGGCAAGCAUGGAGCGGGUACGAUAAUGGGGAACUGUUUGCGCCUAUCAAGAACCUCACUCUCGAGUGCCCCAACCUCACGUCCAUCGUUUCUCUGUUUUCUAAGCAAGCGCCGUCGACUCGCCAACUUUUAGCCCACAUGCCCUUGACUCUGACUCUUCGAGGGGCACCGACUGACGAGGACAGCGACAUGGAGUGGGGUGUAGGCUUUGGUGGCGGCUGGGGGGUUCAAGCAGCUCCCGUCGUGCAGUGGACGGACGAUCGCGACAACAUCGUCUUACGAACGAGACACCUCAAUGUUGAACUGAACACGAGGAUGGAGUGGGUGCUUGAUACCGUGUAUUUCUUUCAACUGCACUCGCUCAACGUCCACACUCGCAUUUUCUCCAACUGGACGCUCACCCUGCGUCUUCUCCGUGACAGCCAGUCUCACUUACAGUCCUUGCGCAUAUACGGUAUAGGAUCCGGAGGCCAGGUAGACUCAAUGGAACCGGUGUUCUUGGGCAGUCUCACCAACCUGCACAUCGAUUGGGAGCUUCUGGCGAUCUUUCGUUCGAUGGCAAGGUCCACGGUUGUCGGCCAGGUUACGCUUACGAUCCAUAAAUACGUCGCCGACUAUGCGACGGACGCCCAGUUCGACGUGGCCGCGGAAGUGUUGACGACCAACCAUUGGUCGGAGAUCGUGGUCGUCGAGGAUGAGUUCUGGGGAUCGCCAGAUGCGAUCAUUGGUCAAGCGAUCCGUCGCGCGGAUUUUGUCGCUAGAGCGCAGAUGCAAAAUCCGCCAACAUAUGUUACCAACUUUGUUUGA